GUUACCGUUUUUUUGUUCUUUCAUCGUCCCCAGAGAGAGAGAGAGAGUUCUUUUUUCUUCUAUUUUUGUUUUUGGUUAUUUUGAAGAACCUCUCUGAAACAAUUUAUGGAGGAGUUUAGUUAAUUAGAUGCUCUCAUUGCCCACUGCAAUGUACAUGUUGAAGAACAGAUUGUGGCAGUUUCUAAGCUCAUCAUCAGCUAGCUUUUCUUGAAGGUGAAAAAAACCCAUCUUGAUCUUUUAUUUCGGUUUAUGGGAUCUGGGACCCACCUAUAUCUGGGCCCCACUUUUCCAAAUAUAUUCAUGGGUUUGUUGUUGUAGCAGUUACACAGGGCGGGGGUGGGGUGGGGUUGGGGUUGGGGGGAUGAUGGGGGCCAUUGGUGGAGAAGAGUUGAUGAAGUGGGAGAAUAUGGAAGGGGGUGGAAAUGGAGGAGGAGAGGAGAAGAUCUUGGUGCUGGUUAGGUUGAGGCCAUUGAGUGAGAAAGAGAUUUCAAGAAACGAAGUUUCGGAUUGGGAAUGCAUCAACGAGACCACGAUUUUGUAUAGGAACAGCAUCCAGGAGAGAUCUGGCCUCCCAACUGCUUAUUCUUUUGAUGGAGUAUUCAGGGGCGACUGCUCUACUAGAGAAGUGUAUGAGGCAGGAACAAAGGAGAUUGCACUUUCUGUUGUCGGUGGUGUCAAUUCAACUAUUUUUGCAUAUGGACAAACCAGCAGUGGAAAGACGUACACCAUGAAUGGAAUCACGGAGUAUGCUGUGGCAGAUAUAUAUGAUUACAUUCAAAAGCAUGAAGAAAGAGCAUUUGUUUUGAAGUUUUCUGCAAUCGAAAUUUACAAUGAAGUUGUUCGAGACCUCCUUAGCUCAGACAAUUCUCCCCUAAGAUUGCUUGAUGAUCCAGAGAAAGGGACUAUCGUUGAGAAAAUCACGGAAGAAACUCUGAGGGAUUGGAGUCAUCUCAAGGAGCUCUUAUCCAUCUGUGAAGCUCAAAGGCAAAUUGGGGAGACUCACCUGAAUGAGACAAGCUCCAGAUCUCAUCAAAUUCUCAGAUUGACAAUUGAAAGCUCCGCUCGUGAGUUCAUAGGAAAGGACAAGAAAGCAACUCUAUCUGCUAGUGUGAACUUUGUUGAUCUUGCUGGAAGCGAGCGGGCAUCUCAGGCAUUGUCUGUUGGCCAAAGGCUAAAGGAAGGCUGUCACAUUAACCGUAGUUUACUAACUCUUGGAACUGUCAUUCGCAAGUUAAGUAGGGGGAGACAGGGACACAUAAACUAUAGAGAUUCAAAGCUGACACGUAUUCUGCAGCCUGCAUUGGGUGGAAAUGCUAGAACUGCUAUAAUAUGCAACUUGAGCCCAGCAAGGUGUCAUGUUGAACAAUCGCGGAACACUCUCUUGUUUGCUUGUUGUGCUAAGGAAGUGACCACUAAUGCAAAAGUCAAUGUCAUGAUGUCUGACAAGGCCUUGGUGAAGCACCUACAAAGAGAGGUUGCUAGAUUAGAGACUGAGCUGCGAACUCCUCCCGGAACAUGUUGUGAUCAUCUGGCUUUGUUGAGGAAGAAAGAUAUGCAGAUUGAAAAGCUGGAUAAAGAGAUUAAAGAAUUAAAAAAACAACGCGAUUUGGCUCAAUCACGGGUUAAGGACUUGCUGCAGAUGAAUGAAAGUGAUCAAGAUUCAAGCAAAACGCUGGAAUGCAGUUCUUCUAAACCCAUUGAAGACUCCACGUGUGAGGAUGAAUGUUCAGAAAAUGGAGUCAACUCUGCAACAUCUCAUCACCAACAGAGAAAUGAACUUACAAUUGGAGAAAAAGGUGAACCCGGCGAGGACUUUAAGGAUUUCCACUGUAUUGAAACAGACAAAUCACCCAACAAUGAGAAGAGUCCAAUAGUACCAGUGUCCGGUGAUGAUGGACAAUGUACUAAUGAUCCUGUAGUAGCAUCACCGACCUCACAUAACAAAGCAAGUCUUGUAAGAAACUCUGACAAGUUUGCCCUCUCAAGCAGCAGCAGCAGUAGUGUGCAGGAUUCCAGAAGAGUGAAGAUGAGUGGAAGCAGAAGCUGCGAAACCAAUGUUAUAUCAGAUUUGUUUGGACAAUGUGAGCCAGCCACCGGUGGCUGGUUGGAGAAAGACUCCAUGGGAAGACCUGAAGGUUUUCAAAGGAAACAAUGGAACCUUCAUACUGUAAGUUCUGAUGCAAGCAAUGCUAAGCUAUCAAGAAGCGAUUCACCAUCUUCCAAUUCUACUGCUGUCAUAAUAGAAGAUGUCACCAGUAGAAGCAGUGUCAAUGUCGACGAUGAGGGAAUCCCCAGUGUCGACACUUUCGUUGCUGGGCUGAAGGAAAUGGCUAAGCUUCACCAGGUUGAAGAGGGAGAGGAUAACCGGUCACCAAGGAAUGUAAAGGAAGCAUCGGAUUGGGGUGUCGAGUACGAAAGGAUGCAGAAAAGGAUUAUUGAGCUUUGGCAGACGUGCAAUGUAUCGCUCAUCCACAGGACAUAUUUCUUCCUGCUGUUUAAAGGUGACCCGACCGACUCCAUUUACAUGGAAGUAGAGGUCAGAAGGCUCUCCUUCCUCGAGGAAUCUUUCUCCAAAGGAAACAUGGUCAUCCAAGGUGGCAAAACACACUCCCUUUCGUCAAGCCUGAGAGAACUUUGCCAGGAGAGAGGGAUGCUGCGUAGGCUUGUCCACAAAAGGUUAACCGGAGAAGAAAGAAACGAGACGUACCAGAAAUGGGGGAUUGCAUUGGACUCCAAACAAAGGAGGCAAAAUCUUGCCAGGCGAAUUUGGAGCGAAACCGGCGUGAACCACGCGAGAGAGAGCGCGGCAGUCGUUGCCAAGCUCAUUGGGUUCUCAGGGGAAGGAGAGGCUGCUUUGAGGGAGAUGUGUGGGCUUAACUUCACCCCUCCUCUCAUGUACCGCCGCCGGAGAUCCUUUGGCUGGAGAAACACCGCCGCGUCUUCAUUCAAUCACAGGACUGUGUGAUGGAAACAUGCAUAAGAGAGGUGAAAUCUUCCCAUUUUUUUUGGAAGAUAUGGGAGGGAGGGAUAAUAUCAUUAACUUUUAACUUUGUAUGGCUAAUGCUUCAAUGUUUGAGCAUUGUUUAGGUUGGUGUAGCUUAAAGUAUAGUAGUAGACACUGUUUUUUUUCUUCUUCUCUCUUUUAUGGUGUAUUUAAUGUGUAAUAGAGAGAAUUUCAUUUU